UUCUAAACUCGUUUAGAUAGCUUCGAAGAUGAACUCGUUGUUGAUGAUCGCUGCUUGUUUGGUCCUGAUCGGAACAGUGUGCGCAAAGGAAGGUUAUAUGGUGAACAAGAGCACGGGCUGCAGAUACAGUUGCCCGAAAACGGGAGAAAGCGUUUACUGCGAUAAGGAAUGCAAAGCGAAGAACCAAGGAGGUAGUUACGGCUUUUGCCAAUAUUCUAACUGUUGGUGCGAAGGUUUGCCCGAAAGUACACCGACUUGGCCCCUUGAUGAUAAACCAUGCGACAAAAAAUAAUGGCAACGUCUUUUCAUUGUCCAACAACAAAAAUAUUAUUACUCUUCUUAAUUGCAAUUAAACGAAAUAAAAUGUAAUACCUUCAUCUAAAAUAUCUUUAUUAUGUGAUAUACAGUUUACAGAAUACAGAAGUAUUAUGAAUAUUUUUCGUACGAAAUCGUUUAACUUUAAAUUAUAAAAUAUAAUGCCCUAUGUUUAUUUUCCUUCUAUGAAUGAAUCUAGCCAAGUUGAUCCGAAAGACAGACAGGACCCAAUUAACUUGUUUAUUAGCCUAAAUUUAGAUUUAUAAAACUCUCUUAAAUAUAAAUGUCAGGGGCUAGCCGGGGAUACGGUGUUGGUAAAACUCAUGUACCGCUUAAUCGGCUGUGCUGUUGAAGAAACAGGCCCGCGGUUGUCUACGGAUAGCUUCCUAAGACGUUUAUUAUGACCAGAGAUUCUUGUGAACUGUAAGGACAUUGGUUUUUCCUGACACCAGAUGCCCAAGUUGCAGACUAUCACGCAUUUGUGAGGAAUUUCAAGUAAGAGAGUCGCGAGUAAGUGGAGUAGACGAAGACAUUGGAUUUAGUCAUUAAAAAGAAGGAUAGGCAGGGUCAGAC